GAACGCAACCUGUGAACACCUCACGUCACUAGGACUUGAAUCAAACUGUCUGAUCCUCGAUUGCCUGGGGUUUUUUUUAUCCGACUCUGAUCCUCGAACGCGGGAAGAUCAAGAAGCAUGUCGCUGCCCCCCUCCCUGCAGCAAGCGUCCAACUUGGCGAAAGCUGCUGUUGAAAACGACCAACUUGGCAAUUUCAAGGAGGCCCUGGAUCUCUACGAACGCGCCGCACAUUUUCUUGAACUGGCUCUUGCUGACCCUGCUCUCGGCGCGCAGCGCGAGCAAAUUCGUACCAGCCUGAACAGCUACCGCGUCCGCGCCGAAUCUUUGCGCAGCGAAAUGAACGGCACAGCCCCGGUCUUGCCAAAUGUGCCUGCGGACACGGCUCCAGCUUAUACACCCGCCACAACGGCUUCCUCGCCCGCAACACAGGGCGUGGCUGUUAGAUCAGCCAAUCCUUCCGUCCUGCAAGUGGGCUGGGGCGCCGUACAGACUGUGAAUCGCGAGGGUGGCAAAUACCUAUUGCAGGGCUACCAAGCAGCGCGUGCCUUUGAUCAACGCAACAACGUCUCAGGCAAGGUGAUUGCGGGUGCUGCCACCGUCGCCGCGGGCGCUGUCAAGCUCAACAACGAAUACCGCGUUACCGAACGCAUUGGCGAGGCUGCCUCCUCCGCAUAUACCCGCGCUAAAGCCGCCAAUGAAGAGCACAAGAUUCUAGAGAAAACGGGCACCAUCGCCAAGGCCGCCGUCACCAAGGUCGGAGAGGUAGACCGCGAAUAUCAAAUUUCGCAAAAGGUCGGCUCUGCACUCCUCUCUGGCCUCAACUACCUCUCCUCGGCCUCGAGCAGCUACUUGGCCAAGCAGCCAGCCACACCCGCUGCCAGCGCCGGUGCCGGCCCCAGCCAAUGAAGCCUUGUAUGAUAUUGUGAUCAUUGUUUGCACCUGUCAAGCAUGUGCUUUCCUCUGGCCUCUUGCUUGCUAAACAGACCGCAACGCCAGCCAUAAUCGACCUUUUCCAAGGGCAGAAAACGAGCUCUUUGCACCAACUAACAAAAUGACCACACGCGUGCUUGUCAUGAUCAGUGCAGCUUUUCGAAGCCACCCCUCUCAAGUUCGCGUCACAACUCAGACGCUCCAACCCUUUCCCCUUAAAAUCAUCCUGUUUCUCCUCUUGCUGUGUGCAAUCGAGUGCCAAGCUGUUC